AUGAUGGAAAGACAACUUGCAGAAAAGGCAAGUGAACUGAAAGAGUCUUUUCUUUCGUUUUAUAGAGCAGACUUCUUUUUUUUUUUAAAUUGACCGUGUUAUUUUUAUGGAAGGGCAACUCGGCUAAGCUCGUGUAAUGCAGUUUUCCGAACGUACAAAACGACUUCAUGGGAAGAUACAGCCACUGCGGGCAAGACAGUGAUUAUAAUUUCCUCUUCUGUGCUUAUAAAAUUCAGCUUAAAGGCCUCCAUUUCAUACGUCUUGAAUUUCAUCUUGAUGUUUUAGACCCGAGGGGUGUAAUGAUAAGUCAAAUUUGCGCGUUGCCGGCGGAACAUUCAGGACAGGGAGAGUUAUUCCUUCGUCACGGUGAAUCAUUCGUUCUGACGAAGUAUUCGCUGUGACGAAGGGCUAACGUUAUAAACACUUUAGCUCUGAAACACUUUACGGUGGCCAAUAUACAUUAUCAACUCAGUUGAUAAAACCAAACAUGAUUAUCUCGCAUUUAGAACGUCAGCUUUUCCUUUGUCAGAGCGGUGGGAAACAAGAUUUGUUGGGAAAACAAUGCUCUGUGCCAAAUACCAGUUUUAUUUCAAGAGGUUAAUUAGCUAUAAUCAACUUACUACCUCGUUUCCUAUUUUCUCAGUCGACUAUAAUGAAGAUGUCUAUUUGCAACUUUAUUUCUUUUUGCAGAACAAUGCAAUAAGUAAUCUGAAUGAAGUUCUACGACAACAGAACAAACGUAUCCAACAUAUCCAUAACAACAACCAAGAACUAUUAGACGCCAUUGAACACAUCGUAAAACAGUUGAAGGUAAAGAUCGUUCCUGAGGUUAUUCAAGACUUAACUUCAAAAAUGAUAAAAUUAACCAACUGAUUUCAAUUUUUUAGGCAAAAAGUAAUGAGGCUGAACAAGAUGAGAAAUUUGAGAUCUCCGACAACCGCACCCGUGUACUACAGGUAAGGACAAUUCCUUUCUAGACUGCAGCUUGUUGACCACAACAACAACAACAAUAACGAUAACAAUAACAACAACAGAAACAACAGCAACAACAACAAACACAGAAAAACAAACACACUGACGAAUAACAACAAAAACAAGCACGACAAGAACAACAACAGCAAACACAAUGAUAACAACGAGAAACAGCGGCAACAACGCUGAAUAACAACAAACAAACAACAAACAACAAACAACAAACAACAAACACAACAACAAAUAUUACCAAAAAUACAACAGCAACAAAACGUUCACGUAAAAAGUGCAAUGAUUUCGUUUAUAAUUUUUUCAUUCUUAAAUCAUUUUAAAAAGAGUAUCAAAGGAUUUUCAAUCGUUAACGAAGAUUGCCGAACAAAAGCAUGCCGGAACUGUCUCUCAAAAUUCAUUCAUAAUACCGUUAAUCAUGGACACCUGAAAGGUCGAGGGCAGGCUCUUUGGCAUAGCGCUGAAUGAGAAAAAAUUUCUUUUCAUUUUUAUUUUUAUUUUAUUUUAGGGUGGGAUAGGUAAUGAAGCUGCUCUGAUUAGUCAAAAACCUUCAGCUCGUAAUUAACUAAGUUAACGGAAUGUUCGCGGUUGUUUUAACAAAAUUCUGAAUGCAUUUCUUUUAUGAAAUUGAGUUAAACAAACCCCGCAUAGUUUCAGGAUAACUGUUUAACCAAAAAAUGUCAAGAGUACAAUUUUAAUUCACAUAUCAUAAUGUAGAGAUCAGUCUUGUACUCUGUGGCGUUGCAAAUUCACAAUAACCUCUUAAAAAUGAAAUGAAUGAUCAUUAUUUAAACAGAGCCGUGUUUCUGUUCUGACUUCGAAUCUGAGAGAGGCAAGCCAGCGAAUCGAGACGCUGGCAUCAAAUUUUGAAACGACCAAACAUGAACAAGAGGAUAGGUCGAUAUUGAUUUCCUCUGCGAUUAGUGAAUUUAAAGAAUUGACUCAGAGAAUUACAGAUGUUGGUAUAAACCUAUCACAGCUGGAAUUUAAAGUUCUUCAAAAUGAGAAAAAGGUGAGGUAAUCUGAGGAUAUCAAGUUUCCUUCAUAGUGCUAAAUCGUACGUAUAUGGUAUAUCAAAACAUAUUUCAAAUUUGGCAAACACUAUAACAGAGUCGAUCACAAAAUCUGACAAAACUUUACGACUGACUAAGUUUUAAUCAGAAAAAAUUGAAAAACCUCCAGAGAAAAAAAAAUAACUAAAAAUCUAAAGAUAAUUUGGCAUCAUUAGUUGUAGAACAUUUUGUAUUGUAUUGUUAUAUGUAUAAAAACAGCCAAGGUGUCUCAUGGAACUUGUAUAUACGGACUCGCUUUAUUUUGAGUAUUUUACCUGGAGACGCUCAACUGACAUGUCGUAGGUUUUUGCAACUUUUUCUUGAGACCGGAAAACGUUAGAGGCAAAUAUUUUCCAGUCCAGCGCUCUUACUCAGUCGCUAAGUACACAUAUACUCUUGACCUGUCAAUCAUAGAGUAGACUGUACAAAUCUGAAAGUCUGAAAGUCAAACUAAACUAAUUUUUCGGGAGUCAAACUUACAUAUGGAUUUUCAGCUCGAUACAUUCCGUCAAAAAUCAAAUAUUCCAGGUUAAAAAAAAAGAUAGGUUAAGCAGUCCUCCUUGAGUAUGAAAACAGAAAAACAAAACAUACAAAAACGCUGUACUGAUUUUGAAACUGCUGUAUAAAUCUGUCAUUCAUAAACCGUAACAACACUGUCAGCAAUAAAAUGCUACUUGAGCACUUUCUGUGCGAAAAAAUAACCUGCAUCAUCACCCUCUUCUUUCAGAUUAAUCAGGGGAUAAAUGUUAAAAAGCGAACGAUGCUUGAGUCCUUGUUACAGGAGAUUAAUGAACUUGAGGUAACACUGAUUAAAGUGAUUAAAGUGAAAUUGAAAUCUUGACAUUUAUCCUCAAUAUACAAGGGAGUUUAAAGUCAUUCAGGUUUUUUAUACAUUUAACUCAAAACUCUACGACGCGUCUGUGAUUUUUCUCCAAAGCUUGUGCUUCUCUUUCAAACAAUCAUGCCGUUUGUUAACUCUCGUUUUCCCUCGCUUCCAGUAGUUUGGUUGUUUUUACUAUGAGCACUCAUCGGUUUGUUGUGAUAUCUUAGUUUCUGGUUGAUCGUUUCUUUUAUUUCCCAAUCGAAAUGCACUCUCAGCAAUAUCCACGGCUCCCUUUCUCCACAGAAUACCCUCUAGUAGACCUGUUUUCGCCUAAUUGUAGUUUCUCGGAAUCCAUCCAUCCCAGUUUAACCCCAAGCGAAAAGAAACAGUUCAUUACAAAACACUCUUUUCAGAAUGAAAAGGAUGGCCUGCUAAGAUUUACUGAGGAGGCGCUUGGCAUUGGAGAUGAGGACAAUAGAAUGAAACUUUAUGAGAAGAUUAAUGGCACUCUGGAGAAAGUACGGUAA